AGAAGAAGAAGAAGAAGAAGAAGAAGACGAAGAAGAAGAAGAAACCACAGUAAACUUGCAGAGCAGCCUUUGGACUUCUUCAUUAGCUAUUAACAUUCCCACAUGAGACGGCGAUAAAGCCACGCGACUGUGUAGCAUUAGUCUAGUCUUGUAAACGUCUUUAGUUUGGUUGUUGACUAUUAGGUAGUUGAUCAUGAACGUGGCUAAAGGUGGUUAUCGUGUUUUCUCUGCCAACUCUACUCCCGCGUGCACUGAACUCUCUAAGAAGAUCACUGAGCGUCUUGGAGUUGAGCUGGGGAAAUCUGUUGUUUACCAGGAGUCGAACAGAGAAACGAGAGUUGAGAUUAAAGAGUCUGUGAGAGGCCAGACCAUCUUCAUCAUCCAGACCAUUCCCAGAGAUGUUAACACUGCUAUUAUGGAGCUGCUGAUUAUGGCCUACGCUCUGAAGACCUCCUGUGCCAAGAACAUCAUCGGCGUGAUCCCGUACUUCCCCUACAGUAAACAGUGUAAGAUGAGGAAGAGAGGAUCUAUAGUGUGCAAACUCCUGGCUUCCAUGUUAGCUAAAGCAGGUCUGACUCAUAUAAUCACCAUGGAUCUGCACCAGAAAGAGAUCCAGGGCUUCUUUACGUUCCCUGUGGACAACCUGCGGGCUUCUCCUUUCCUGGUGCAGUACAUUCAGGAGGAGAUUCCUGAUUAUAGAAACGCUAUCAUUGUAGCCAAGUCCCCAUCUGCUGCAAAAAGGGCUCAGUCGUUUGCCGAGCGCUUGCGUCUUGGUCUGGCCGUCAUGCACGGAGAAGCACAGUGUUCGGAGUCCGACAUGGCCGAUGGGCGCCAUUCUCCUCCGUGUGUCCGCAACACCUUUGGACACUCCGGCUUGGAGUUGCCAUUAAUGAUGGCCAAGGAGAAACCGCCCAUCACCGUCGUCGGAGAUGUUGGAGGUCGCAUCGCCAUCAUUGUCGAUGACAUCAUUGAUGAUGUGGAGGACUUUGUGGCAACAGCGGAGAUCCUGAAAGAGAGAGGAGCUUAUAAGAUCUACGUCAUGGCCACCCACGGCCUCUUGUCUGCAGACGCCCCGCGUCUCAUCGAGGAGUCCGCCAUAGACGAAGUGGUGGUGACCAACACUGUCCCUCAUGAGGUGCAAAAGCUGCAGUGUCCUAAGAUCAAGACCGUGGAUGUCAGCAUGAUCCUGGCCGAGGCUAUCCGACGCAUUCACAACGGGGAGUCCAUGGCCUACCUGUUCCGCAAUAUCACAGUAGACGACUAGCCAGCAAACAGAUUGUGAGGUGUAGAGUUUAGGGAAAUAUUUCCUCUCUUACACAUCUGAGAGGUGUGUCAAUGCAGUUCCCCAUUCAAACACUGCAAUCAUCUUCAUUUCCCAAAUAAACCCAUUUUACUCUGCGAAACAAUUAAAGGAAACUUCCACUGCCAAAUUAUAUAGUGAAUGAAGUUGAAAAUUAAUGAAUAUUUACUCUAAAAUUUGGCAGUGUGCAGAUAUGAACAUAGAUAUGCAAUCAUGCAAAGAACAUAAUUUAUGCAAGUGUUCACUUACCUUUUACUCCUGUUUUUUUUUUUUUUUUUACUUUUAAGUUAUACUCUGCAGUAAAAUCAGCAGUUUUAGAUUUACUGGUAAAACUUUACAAUAAGGUGCCAUUGGGUAACAUUAGUUAACACAUUAAUGAACAAUUCAUUAAUCACGAACGAUUCAUUAAUUUUUUUAACAUUAGCAAAUCAGAAUUCAUUGUUAGUUCAUAUUAGCUCAGUUUAACAGAUACAACUUUUUAUUUUAAUAAUAUAUUAGUAAAUGUUGAAAUUAACAUUUAAUUAUAAUUAACUCUUUCCCCACCAGCCUCCGCCAGCAUUUUUUCUUUUGAUCAUUUUCACUAAAAUUUCAUGAUCCCCAGGAAAUGUUGUAUUAAUAUCAUGCAAUGCAUAAAAAUAAAGAACAGAGCCUCUACUUUUAAACAUUCUAGCUUCAUGUAUUCUGUUUUUUAAUUAACACUUGAAUGUAGGUAAAGUAUCAUUUAAAAAAACAACAUUUGCAAAAUGCUAUUGAAAUUGUAUUUUUUUACCAAAUACUACAUCUGGAUCAUAGUCAGAUGCGUAAUAGCGCCCCCUGUGUGUAACAUUGAUAACAUGGAAACCUGGAAAAUUCUGUGUUUGGUGGGGAAAGAGUUAAUGUAUUAAAAGUGUAUAUUCUUUUUAAUUGUUAUUUUUAUUGUUAGUUGAGUAAUGCAGUUAACUAUGGAACUUUAUUAUAAAGUGUUACUUCUCUACUGUUAUGGAAAACUGAUGAUUUCACUGCUUUCCAUUAUUUCUGAUUUAUCUUGGUUUCAUUGUACCAUAGCUCCUUCAAAAUGAAAGGGAUAGUUCCCUCAAAAGUGAAAUCUUUUAUAGUUACUCAUUUCACGUUCUAAACUUGUAUGACUUUUUGUUUGUGGAAAAAAGCAAACCAUCCUUUCUUUUUUUUUUUUUUUUCGUGUUCUAAAAGUUUGCAGCAUGUUUUUUCAAAUAUUCCAAGAGUCAAAGUCAUGCAGGAUUGGAGUAUGAAUAGAGUAAAUAUCGAAUUUACAAUUUUUUGUGUGAACUAUUCUUAAACUAUGGUGCGCAUUUUAAGAAACCAAAGUGAAGUAUGUUACAGAAAAUGCUGGUUUCUGAGUGGUUUUGGUUGGUUGAUUUGUGUAUUAAACGUUUACACCAAAUGACCAACGAAUGAGCUCCAAAUGAACCAAGUACUGUGAAUAUGUUUCAAAAUAAUGCAUCCUAUAUAACAAAACCAAGGGAGCAAAAAAUGCAUGUUCCUCAGUUUCAGUGUGUUACAUUUGUGUGCUAAUGUUAAGAUCUGUAUUGUCUGGUAUAGAAGAUAAGACUUUGGGUUUUAUCUUAAAUUAACUAUAUUAGCAAUCCUAGGCCUGUUAUAUACUGCAGAUACAUUUAGCCUUAACUAAAUGUAGUAUACUGUGAUCACUUGGCUUGUUAGUGGUGACAUCCACCCAUAUAUCAGAUAACACCAUUCAGCUUUCACUUCCUGAUUAAAUCUUAAGAGGAGGUCGGAGCAGGAUUGUAAAACGGACUGGUGAGCUGAUACCCACAAUGCAUGAGUUUUGUGUGUCAGGUAGACUGGGAGCACUGCCCCCCGCACGUCCCUGUACUUCCUCUGUGUGCGUUUGUCUCUUUCACCGAGCCGCCGCUCCGUGUUCACUUCAUUCCUUUAACGUUGUCUUCCACUUGUUGUUGUACGUCGACUAGCCGUUUCCCAGUGCCUCACUCUGUGAGAGCGAGCGAGUGGUUGCUAUGGCAACCUUAUUCAGAGCCGUUCUAGUGAUAUUUUUGCAAUAGUGCAAAUAUGGUCCGACCUUACGGAGAACAUACGGUUUUGCUACAGUGUAUUGUAUCUGCUGCAAUCUUAUUUUUGUAAAUAAACACAAGUGAUUUGCCUCA